AUGUCUGCUGGGCACAGAGAGACGCCGCGAGACACUACAUGUCAAACUGGGACUGUUGUUUUUUCCUCCAACCCUCUGACGAGUGAUGUGGAAUCAGACUGGUCUCCAAUUCACGACGCAGCCUUUAAUGGACGAGUUCUCGCUCUGCAAAGACUCAUUACUCAGGGUAAAUGUGUCAAUCUGAACACACUGGACCAGGUCUCUCCUCUCCAUGGGGCUUGUGUACAGGGACACGAGGCUUGUGCCAAACUUCUGAUUGACAACGGCGCAGAUGUAAACAGAUUGACGGUGGAUGGCAAAUCUCCUCUGACAGAGGCCUGCGCCCGGGGUCACGUGACCUGCGUGGCGUUGCUCCUUCAGCACGGAGCGACUCCCGUGGGGAUCAACCAGUCCAGCUCUCCAAUCCACUGGGCUGCAUCCAAAGGUCACCCGGAGUGCAUUGCUCCUCUCGUUCAGCACGGUGCAGAUGUGGAUCAGUACAUUGAACAGCUGGGUUCCCCUCUGCACGUCGCCUGUUCCAAUCGGCACCCGGGUGCUGCCAGGAAACUGCUGCAGCUCGGAGCCGGUGUGAACCACAGUGUGUCCGGUGACUCGCCCCUGCACAUCGCCGCCCGUCUGUCCGACCCGGAGCUGGUGUCUCUGCUGCUCGACCACGGGGCCGACCGCUCCCUCAGGAACCCGGAGGGCCAACGGCCGCUGGACCUCGCCCCCCCCAGCAGCCCGGCAGAGAGGCUGCUGAGACAAGCAGGAGAAGUGCCUCCUCUAAUCCAGAUGUGCAGGCUGAACAUCAGGAGAGCUGUGGGCAAGCGAAGGCUGGGUGGGAUUCAUGACCUUCACCUCCCCACAGAACUGAAACUCUACCUCCUCUACCAUUAA